GGGAGUGGCAAUGUGUUCUAGUAAAGCAGAUUCUGUUGAGAAGUAACUGACUUUCAUUUAACCAGAAUGACGCACUUACAACAAUGACAGAACAAAGUUCAACUGCACUAUUCACUGCACCGUGGAAUCGAAGGAUAUUUUCCAGGAGCAAGGGACGAGGAACAGCAGUGGGAAUGGAUGUUGGGUUACUGGAGAUUCCAGCAGAGCUCGCUGCUCUGUUACAAUUUGAUGACCGACAGCCACCUGCCUUUGAGAAUCAGGUUGCUGAGGUGUCCCCACCACAGGCUAAGGCCAUCAUCAACAACUCUCUUCCUGCAGAUGUCAACAACUACCCUUUCAGUAAAUUCAUCAAUCAGCACUUUAAGGUCCCUCAGUUACAGGUAUUGGACCAACCUCUACAACAGCCCCUCACACAACUGGAGGGAGCAGAGAGACAUGCAGCUGUGGAAAUCUUCAAACUGGUUCUGCGUUUUCUGCAUGAUGAGUUGCUCAAUGGCAGAAAGGAGAUCAUCCUUGGCAAUUUUAUUGCACAGAAAGGAAUAUCAAAUCCCACACUCCGGAAUGAGAUCUUUUGCCAGGUGGUGAACCAGACCUGGAAGAAUCCAGACAUGGAGAAUUGGCAGCGAGCUUGCUUGUUGAUGACCACCUGCCUGAGCUGCUUACGACCCUCCCCCGAGCUCGAGAAACCUCUACUCAAGUAUGUGUCUGACCACACCAUGGAAGAAUAUAGGGCCUUGUGUCAACAUAAAGCCCUCAGCGCCAUGCAACAGAACCAAGGCAGGGCCUACCCUCCAACCCAGCUGGAAUGGACCGCCAACCGCAGGCGAGGACAGAUGGUUCUUGAUAUCCACCUGCUUAAUGAGGAUAAAGUUGCAGCAGAGGUGGAGUCCUGGACAACGGGCGAGGAGCUUGCUAACUGGAUUUUAAAAUUGCGGAAUCAGGAAAAUGAGCAGAGAGGCUGGACAGUGUCCUUGCACAAUGGGGAGAAAUGGAGAGACAUGCCCGGCUGUGAUUUUGUCAUGGAUCUGAUUGCUGAAGUUGAACAGCUUGGCUUUUUCCCAGCACAUUCAUCUACCUCCGUCAUCCACCCAGGAGUGAAUGGGUAUUCUACUGGGUCUCAUCCCGGUUCUGACAACUGCUAUCUGCCACUAUCUGAGGAAUGUGAAGGAGUAAUUCCUCCAGCACCCAACAUCCAGGCACCUCGUCUUCCUCCACCAUUCUUAUCCCACGAUCAGUCUGAUAUGCAUUCUUAUGGCAACUCUGCACCGAAAUCAGAGACCUCUCGAUGCAGCUUCGAAAACUACCUGGACAAUCUGUUUGACCCCGUGUUAUCACAUGGGGCAGGGGAAAUGGAGCGAUCCAGGGAUUUAAACAGGCGGAUGAAAGGAGGUGGAGGAAUCGGCCCCUCACAGGCUGGAGCAUAUAUGAUGACAGGUAUGCCAAUGGUUCCCAACUAUUCAAUGGGUGUUCCAGCAAUGUCACAGAUGCCCACUGUACCAACCUAUCAGACCAUGCCUUUAAUGCCAGCAAUGCAGUCAAUGCCUAUAAUGCAACAAAUGCCUCCAGUGCAACCUGUUCCUAUGAUGCAACCAAUGGCAUCACCAAUGCCAGCAAUGAUGAUGCCACAGAGCAGUGUACCUCAGAUGACACCUAUGCACCAGACUUCCCAGUAUGCACCAUCUCAAUUGCGCCAACCUGAAAGACAAAUUGACUCAUCCCAACUAGCAGCUCAACAGCAGACAUUCAUCAACCAGCAGGCACUCUUACUGGCCCAGCAGAUGACUAUUCAGGCCAUGUCAAUAAGUCAGCAACAACAGCAGGAACGACAGCAGAAGAAACAACGAGAGGAGCAGCCUGUCGCCGAGACUCCAAAGGCCCCAAGACCACCAAAAACCAACACUAAGCCCAUCAUACCUACUCCAGCUCAACAACCAAAGAAGACCAGUGUGAAGACUGAACCUUUUGUUAAAAAGGAUCUCCCUAAAGAGAAAGAAGUACCUCCUCAGGACACGGAUGUCAAGGCUGAGAGUAAUGACAUUGCUGAUGAGUUAAUUAUGGAACAAGUUGAAUCUUUUCAGCAGAAACGAGAUUUCUUCCAGAAGUGGGGGAAGAAGGAUCCUCCGCAGGUAAAACAUCCAUCCAAGAUUUUGCUUCCCAAACCACCAGAAAAGAAGAAGACAGAAGAAUCCAGUAAUUGUGAGGUGCAGGAACACAAAGAGAGACCUCCUCCAGAAAACUCCACCAAAGGCACAAAGCAGAAAGACAAGGAAAAAGAGAAAGAACAGAAGACAGAAGAAAAAUCAAAGGAACCAGAGGAAGUGAAGCCCAUCCAGAGCAACACAAGACCAGAACCUAGUCAGAACAUCCGGGAAAUAAUUAAAUUGUACCAGAGCCAGCCGAAACAACCUCCACCUCUCUAUCAACCUGUCAGGAGGUCAGCAAAACCAUUCCUGAAGAAAAGCAAUCCCAAGGAUGAGGCAUUAUCUCUCUUAAGAAUGAGAGAAUCAGCAUCUCCCACUGAGGUAGAGAAUGGUGUCGGAAAGAAGACAAAAGCUGCAAAGGUUCCACCUAAGCCAGCACCAAAACCACAUCGUCAUCCUCCGUCUUCACAGCUUUCAAUACAGGACCAACUUGCAAAGAUAUAUGCUCCACCACCAGCAGAGCCUUCACUGCCAUCACCUCCCCCACCUCCUCCACCUGGUCCCUCUUCAGCAUCAACAUCUACCAGUGAAUUUCAACUCCCCCCAGUUCAACAAAAGAGAGAGGAAGUGUUCUUACAAGACGAAAAUAUCAAAACACAUCUGUACAGGAAGACAGCCAGUGUUUACUUCUCAUAUGUUAAUAUUCCUUGGAAGCUCUACCUUCGCAAAGAGUUGUUUCACCCAAGGGAGAAGUUUAACACUGACUACAUUCUCAACCUGAUGUGUGAACAGAUCAUUCGAGACACUUACUCUGACAGCUGUACACGCAUCUCAAAGGAGGAGCGACACAAGAUGCGAGAUCUGUUAGCUGAGCUUCAUGUUGGCACUGAUGUACGGUUACUGCAAGACAAUGCGUUGAAGAAGCGGAUUGUAGUGGCUGCACGAGACAACUGGGCUGUUUACUUUUCUCGGAUGUUCCCGGUCAGCGGGGACAUUGGCAGCGAUGUGCAGAUUCUCAGCAUCUCUCACCGAGGAAUCAAGCUAUUAAAGUCGGUGCAAGCGAUCGGAAUGAAAUUAGACCAUUUUAAAGUUCUUCAGAGCUAUUGCUAUGCAGAAAUACUGAAUGUGACAUUAAAGGAACAAACCAUGCUGGAAUUUUCUCUGAAGAAUGAGCAGCUGGUCCUGUAUUCAGAAAAAGCCAAGCAGGCAAAGAUACUCAUCACUUUAUUCCUGGAGGAGUUACGGAAGGACUCUGACUACGUUAUGGCUAUUAAGAGCUAUAUUACAGAUGAUAAAUGUUUGCUGAACUUUCGCAAAGGAGACAUCAUCAAGCUGCUGCCAAUAGAUGGACUUCAACCAGGUUGGCAGUUUGGGUCUAUCGGUGGACGCUCUGGCUUGUUUCCUGGAGACCAUGCUCAGCCAACAGCUGCUCCUGAUUACUAUAGCAGUUACACGGGGAAGAAUGAGGAGAGGCAAAAGAGCACACCCAGUUCUAAUCGAUCAUCCAUGAGAAAGAGUGCUGUGCCCAGUGAAGUUUCAGAAAACAUGACCAUCUCCUCACGUUCUGAAUCCAGCAACCCUCUACCAAACAUUCAUUCUUCACCUGACUUUGUUCAGUAUAUAAUGGCAGAAUUUGCCAUGAAGUACUUCAGAAAUUCUCCGGCCAUGCUUGGCUGGAAGGACACGAAUGCAGAAGGAAGAAAUCCCAAUUCCCUGGUUCAGCACACUAAGAUUCCCAUUCACGAGUCACUUAUUGAUCUACCUGAUAAACAACUAAGUGAGCUUGCUGCAAAGAAUUUCAUGGCUCUGAUGAGGUUCAUGGGAGACGGACCCCCUCAGGAGCAACAGUCUGACACAGAUAUUUUACAGAGCAUUCUGCAGCUGUGCAAGGAGAAGAGGAAGCUACAGGAUGAGAUCUGCUGUCAGAUCAUCAAGCAAAUCACAGAUCAUCCCAUAAAAGAAAACUGUACACGGGGCUGGCGUGUCCUCUACCUGUUCUUGGGCUAUUUUCCAUGCACAAGCGACCUCAUGCCCUUUGUCCAGAGAUACCUGGAGAACAUCUGCGCUGACUCUAAUCAUGACUUCCAAGCAAUAGCAAUGGCUUGUCAGGACAACGUGUAUCGCACAUUGAAAUAUGGGGGCCGGCAACACAUCCCAUCCACCCUUGAAUUGGAAGCUAUCAUAAAAGGACGCAGCUCAAGGAGAGUCAUUGUGUACCUACCUGGGAAGUUGGAGCAUGCAGCCAAGAUCAAGCCCUUUAUGGUCGGACAGGACAUGGUGAUGGAAAUUUGUGCUAACAUUGGAAUUGUUGAUUCUGAAGAAGUCAAGGAGUUUUCCAUUUUUGCUGACAGGAAAAAUGGAGAUGUUGUCAGACCCAUCAAAGCAAAUGAAUACAUUUUUGACUUCCUGUUAGAUGAUAACUCCAUCAGUCUUCAUUUCCGACGCGUUAUUUGGACACAACCUUUGCAUUUUUACAAUGAUCUCUGUGUUUCUGUACAUUAUAAUCAGGUACUUCCUAUUUACCUCAAAGGACAGUUACUUUUUCCAACAAACAUUCAUGGGGCAGAACAGCACACUGCGAUACUGGCAGCAUAUCAGCACAAAACCAAAGGAUCAGGCCCUAUGUUAGAUGUGCAGCAGCUGAAGGCUUACCUUCCUAAAACCAUAGCGGCAAAAUUGAAUAUUGAGAGGGUCCUGAAGCAAACUAUCCAAGAACUCGAAACAAUGCAGGAGCUCAGUCCUGUGAAAGCCAAGAUCCAAUUCUUAUGUGAAGUGAAGGCUAUGCCACUGUUCGGUUACAAUGUCUUCACUGUGAAUAACACAAGUGAACAUUGGAUACCAACUCCAUGCAUUUUAGGAGUCAAUCAGGAAGAUCUAAUUAUCUUAAAUGAGAAUACCAAGUGUGAGCUCCUGAAGAUUCCUCUCAUGGAGAUCCAUACGAUGCGCUCCUUGCACCCAACCAAAGGAUCAAAAAUCCGAGAGAUGGAAAUCAAUUUUGGCUCCAUAAUUAAACCACAGACAAUCGCCCUUGAACUGAAAGAGGCCAGGGAAGUCUGCCACAUAAUCGCAAUGAUCCUUGAUGAGCUUUCAAUGCACAGCGACACAUGACCACACAUGAAUGCAAAAUCCAACCAGCUGAAAACUCCAAUUGAGCUGCUAAAUGAAUUAUCACUUUCAUCAAAACAUAACCUAUUAGGAGCAGAAAGCACUCGUCAUCUUGCAUGAAAAUCAAUAUGGGUAAUGAGCUGGGACCAGCAGCUGUGACUUACCUUCAGUUGUACAGUAAAGAGAAAAUAAAACAGGAACAGCCGUCGGAAUGUUGCCCAGUCUGGGCUCUUGUCUUUGUGUCUUGCUUGGCUUUCGGUAGCAGACAGGCCAUGUAGUGAAAUACGAGAACACUCAGCCAUCAUUGCGUGGAGGAUUUACAACAACGGCCUGUGCAUAUAACCCUAAACUUAAAUGUAAUAAACCAAUUUACAGCA